CAGGACGGCAAGUGUAACCACCAGGCCACAGAAAAAUCGACGCAAUGGCUCUCGUGCAGUCCAACCCCGACGCAUACACCAUUAAGCCAGAGGCAUCGGCACCCGCCAUUGACACCAGCGACUGGCCGCUGCUGCUGAAGAACUACAGCGACUUGCUCGUUCGCACUUCGCACUACACCCCCAUUCCUCAAGGAUGCGCGCCCCUUGCGCGUGACUUGAAGCAGUACAUCUCGUCCGGUGUCAUCAACCUCGACAAGCCCUCGAAUCCUUCGUCCCACGAAGUCGUAUCAUGGAUCAAGCGCAUGCUUCGCGUUGAGAAGACUGGUCACUCUGGAACCCUCGAUCCCAAGGUCACCGGAUGCCUGAUCGUCUGCAUCGACCGCGCGACCCGUCUCGUCAAGUCCCAGCAGGGUGCUGGUAAGGAGUACUGCUGUGUCAUCCGCCUCCACGACAAGCUGCCCGGUGGCGAGGCCCAGUUUGCGCGCGCCCUCGAGACCCUCACCGGUGCUCUGUUCCAGCGCCCCCCGCUCAUCUCCGCCGUUAAGCGCCAGCUCCGUAUCCGUACCAUCCACGAGAGCAACCUCUACGAGUUUGACAACGAGAGGCAGCUCGGUGUCUUCUGGGUUAGCUGCGAGGCUGGUACCUAUAUUCGUACCCUCUGUGUGCACUUGGGCCUCUUGCUUGGUGUUGGUGCCCACAUGCAGGAGCUGCGUCGUGUGAGGUCUGGUGCUAUGGAUGAGACCAAGGGCCUGGUUACUCUUCAUGAUGUUCUCGAUGCCCAGUGGCUCCACGACAACAACCGUGACGAGUCCUACCUCCGCACCGUCAUCUCGCCCCUCGAGAGCCUGUUGACCAGCUACAAGCGCAUUGUCGUCAAGGACAGUUCGGUCAACGCCAUCUGCUACGGUGCUAAGCUCAUGCUUCCCGGUCUUCUCCGCUUCGAGAAGGGCAUUGAGAUCCACGAAGAGAUCGUCCUCAUGACUACCAAGGGUGAGGCAAUCGCUCUUGCCUAUGCACAGAUGUCUGCUGUCGAGAUGACAUCCUGCGACCACGGCGUUGUCGCUAAGAUCAAGCGUGUCAUCAUGGAGCGCGACCUGUACCCCAGGCGAUGGGGUAUGGGCCCAGUUGCCACCGAGAAGAAGAAGAUGAAGGAGGCUGGCACACUCGACAAAUUCGGUCGCCCCAACGAGAAGACCCCUGCCAAGUGGACCAGCGAGUACAAGGACCUGAACAGGACCGACGUCGACUCCGCACCCCUUGCCGAGACCACCUCGACCGCCGAGGUUCUCGCAGCCCCGGCCGUCGCCCCCACCGGUGAGGAGCCCGAGGCCAGCGCCGCCUCUGAAAAGACCAAGAAGCGCAAGCACGACGAGGAGGAGACCGCCGAGGAGAAGGCUGAACGCAAGCGCAAGAAGAAGGAGGAGAAGGCGGCCAAGAAGGCCAAGAAGGAGAAGAGAAAGAGCAAGGCGGCCGAGAGCGACAGCGACUCUGAAUGAGCAGCUGUAGCUAUGUUGUGAAAUAUUAUCUCGGCCUGCCAACAGCGUCGUGCUGUUGCUCGACCUAUCAGCGAUGUACACAACCAACGUGUGCAUGUUGCGCAUCUCACUCUGUUCUGGAUACCUGCUCAUGUGUAGCAUACGGAAAACCGCGUACGGGAGUCGGCGUUAUUGGAUUGGCAUGACGGAGUUGGGCGCGUCAAACUUUUGCAUCAGGGUGGACGACUAGGUGUACGAACAUGACUACUGCAUUGACAGAUCUUGUCAAUUCAAUUCGAGGUUCUAGCUGUAAACGUCGACGUAGAAACUCUAAGAAACAUUCACAAACUUCAAGUCCAUUCUGUCGCGACAUUCAAGUACAGCAGUUGUGGAAGGUUCUAGCGAGUUCGCUGACGUCUUUGGUGGCUCGUGCGCGCUCUCGCAUUGUGGAGAUCGCGAGACAAUUCCAUGCACUUGAUC